AUACUAAAUUACAAGAUGGCCUCCUCCUCCUCGUCUCUGAUAUUUAAUUCAGGGUCAGGCCCGCUUCCCCCUCUACCCAUCCUGUCUACCCAAUCUCAUAACCACAGCCAACAGCUUCCUAUACUACUACUACUAGUAUACCAAAUACUCCCAUCUCUACACUUCUACACUCCUAGUCGACAGAAAGGAUCGUCUGCUCGCGUGUCUUCCGGCUUGCCCCCUUCGGAUACCGACCCCCGACCACCGACCUGACCUCCCAGCGACUGUUUCCCGACGCUGUCGUGGCUUCGGCACCGAGAGUAACCAUCAACAACUCGGUAUACAAACAAAGACAGAAACGCGAUCAACAAGAACCUACUUUUGAAUCGCAUCCCUACCCACCUCGUUCCCCUCGAACCUCACGACCGCGUCCACGGGUGAUUCAGCCCCAUCCACCCAACAACACCACACAGGACCACAUCACACCCAAAAACACAAUGUGCGUGAAGGAGAUCUUCUCCGAGAUGCGGCCAGAUGGUCGCAUCUUCACCUGGACCGAGGGAGACUUCUGCCACAAAUCACAUCGCGGACAGUUCUGCGAGAAAACGAAGGAGUUGCGCCACCCCCCAGGAUAUCGACGAAGCGAACCUAGAGUCUCAACAUAUAGCCAUGGCCAAUUGCCGCCAACGCCCCCAUUGUCCUACCACUCAGACUAUACUUCCGACUCAGACCGUUCUAGCAAGCGCCGAUCUGGCACCUACAUUAACGACCACAAUCUAGUAGAGGUCAGCCGGAGACGGUCGUCAAAACACAAGAGAGACGGCAGCGGGGAUCGUCUAGUAUAUCUCGGUAGCUCACCACUAUCACGGACACCACCACUCUACCAGCACAAUGUACCACAAAGCCCUGUAUCAGGCGUCUACGACACAUACGAGCCUAACUACCGCGACGCUGAUGACAACGAACGCUCACGCGAGCGCCCGGCUUCGGUCCACGUAGAGAUCAUUAACGAACGCCCCAAGAGCCACCGCCGACAGGGCUCAUCCAAAACAAGCUCGUCGGGAGAAGAGCGUCGCCCACGGCGAUCCUCUAGUGUACACCAUGGGGACCAACACCGGCUACGCAAGAAGGAAACCGAGAUUGCACGCCAGAAUGAAGCAAUCGCAAACCGAACGCCAGUACCACAGGUUCCAUCUAGCCCACCCCGCUACCGACGUGGCUCGGUAGCCAUUGUUCCCACCAUCGCGGUGCAAGAGCGCAUGCGCAUGAAAGAGGAGGCAGCACUAGAACGCGAACGAGAGCGUGAACUCGAAGCUCAGCGGAGGCGACUGAAGGAUCGCUUCGAGUUUAAGCAGUAUCGCUAAACUCAACAAAAGAAAAAAAAAACAAGUAAAACCACAAAAUCACAUGAAAAAACACACACACACACACACACACACACACACACAGAUAUUCACAAUUGGUCAUGUUCACUGCCCCCAAAUAUCGGGUUUCUUUGGAUUUGCAACAACAGGCGCGUAUUAGAUGA